AUGGAUCCCAAAAUGGACUUUCACGUCAAGCUCUAUACAUCGUCAGAUCUUCUCCACCAGCCCUGGAUCUCAGACCUCACACACAUGGUGAACGUCAGCUACCGCGUCAGCCACACCACCAAAAUAAAGUUCGCCACGACCAAGACCCGACUACUUAGCGACUCCGCGCUAUCUGAGGAGCUCGGUCCAGACGGUUUCACCGCGGUGGCGCUUGUUGAAGAUGAAAAAGAUCAAAAUAUCAAGGUUAUUGGGACCGCAAGUAUGAAGAAAUGGAAAGACGACGGCCUUUGGACGCCUACCGCCAAAGAUGGGCAUGAUGCGAAUCCGGUUAAGGAUGAGACUCAUGAGACUACCAAACGUUGCCAUGAGGAUGAGACCGCAGCCAACAAUCAAUGUGCCGGUCAAAUUCCGCACCAACAUGCCUGUCCCGGGGAUUAUGAGUUAGCUGUUGUUGCUCUCCCACCAGACCCACAAUACCGGGGCAGGGGCAUUGCUGGGCAUCUUGUGAAGGCAUGUGAAGAGGAGGUUUUGCGGCGGCAUCGGAUCAAUGCCAAAGAUUUUUCGUCUCCGGUACGCAUGAUGAUUCGGGUUGUCAAAGAAGACACUGGUGCCUACUGGUUGAAACAGGGGUUCACUGUGGUUGGCAGCCAGAGGUGCCCUAAGGGGUUCUGGAACUCGUUAGAGGAGUUUACCAUGUGGGCUAUGGUACGAGAAGUAUCAACGAUAUAG